AUAUUAUCUUUAGUUAUUUAAGAGAAGUCCCUGAUGAUCAGUCGGUGAGUACUUUAGAGUACAGACGGUACAUGAAAGUUGUUGGAUAUACACUUUUCAAUGACCACCACAAGGAGACUAAAGAGUACAAAUACAAACGCGAGUUUCAAAAGAAGCUACUCGUAUUCAAAGCAGGCUACAAGUUCUUUAUAUACGUUGGAUACUUGAGUCUCGAUAUAGCUGGUGAAAUUGUUGGAACUGCAACAUUUGAAGCAUACAUUGCUCGUAUGGACAAUGAUAAGAACUUGAAAGCUUUAGCUCAUGUGAUUACUGGGCCUACACUAACUGUUAAAGGAGAAGCUUCAGCUACCAUACUGGAAAUAUUUAAAGUUGGUUUGGAUGUGCCAGCUUCCAUUAUAUACACAAUCACUCCAGAAGCCUCCACUUCACUCUGUGAAGAGAAACCCAAAGGAGAUGCCAAUGCUUGCUUUGAGGUGUUCAGUACUACCAGAGGUACAAUAGGUGUGGAAGCAUGGUGGCAGAGGAGAACCAUAUCAUGUAAAUGGAAAUGGGGACCUAAAUGCUCAAUCCACUGGAAAGACAGGAACAACUUUGGCCCUCUCUCACAUACUUGGAAUCUGGUGACUCUCAAGAAGAGGCUCUUUGGUAUAUGCAACAUAUGUACCUGUACUGGUAGCAACUUCUUCACUAAACUGUGCAAGAGAGGGUUCACUGGAGCUGCUAAGUGUUCCUGCAAAAUUCAAUACAGCUUUGGGAAAUAGAUAAAGAUAUAGUGUUAUAUUGAAACUAAUGGACCUUUAUUAUUAUUGUUAUUAUUAGGAUUUCUUGAUGCAUUAUCUUUUGUAGCAGAUACAAUAAUAACUUAAUCAUAAUUUACAAUAGAAAAACAAUUUUUCACUAAUCAA